AUGAUAAAACCGAAAGGAAUCGUUGCUGUCAUAGGUACGACAGGAGUUGGUAAAUCCAAUUUAGGUGUUCAAUUAGGAAAGGCGAUAAAUGGUGAAGUUGUUAAUGUUGAUUCAAUGCAGGUAUACAAAGGAUUAGACAUUAUAACAAAUAAGAUUUCAGUUGAGGAAUGUGAAGGAGUUCCACAUCAUCUGAUGGAUUUCUUAGAAACACAUCAAGAAUACAGGGUCACACAAUUUAUUAAAGAUGCAUUACAUGAUGAAUUGAAUGAAUCAGAUGAAAAGAUUCCAAGUAGUCAAGAUCCACAAUCAAUAUAUAAACAGUUACAAGUUGUUGAUCCUAUAAUGGCAAAUAAAUGGCAUUGGAAGGAUACAAGAAGAGUUUAUAGGAGUUUGAAGGUUUAUUUGGAAACAGGAAUCGUUGCUGUCAUAGGUACGACAGGAGUUGGUAAAUCCAAUUUAGGUGUUCAAUUAGGAAAGGCGAUAAAUGGUGAAGUUGUUAAUGUUGAUUCAAUGCAGGUAUACAAAGGAUUAGACAUUAUAACAAAUAAGAUUUCAGUUGAGGAAUGUGAAGGAGUUCCACAUCAUCUGAUGGAUUUCUUAGAAACACAUCAAGAAUACAGGGUCACACAAUUUAUUAAAGAUGCAUUACAUGAUGAAUUGAAUGAAUCAGAUGAAAAGAUUCCAAGUAGUCAAGAUCCACAAUCAAUAUAUAAACAGUUACAAGUUGUUGAUCCUAUAAUGGCAAAUAAAUGGCAUUGGAAGGAUACAAGAAGAGUUUAUAGGAGUUUGAAGGUUUAUUUGGAAACAGGUAAACCACACAGUCAAUGGAUUAAAGAACAAAAUUUGCAGGAUCAGAAAAUAAAAUCUUUAAGGUGGAGUAGAUUUCCUAGGACAUGUAUUUUCUGGUUAUAUGCUGACAACAAAGUACUCGAUCCUAGACUAGAUUCCAGAGUUGAUAAAAUGAUCCAAAAUGGACUUUUUGAAGAAAUCAAGUUUCUUAGAAAUUUGAUAAAGAAUGGAGAAAUACAUGCACUUUUAAGAAAUAAUAAAGUUGAUUAUACUAGAGGAAUUUGGCAAGCUAUUGGAUACAAAGAAUUUGAUAAUUAUUUAAGUAUGUUGGAGUCAAAUACACAAAAUGAAAAAAAUUUGGAAGAAUCAAAGAGAUCAGGAACAGAAUUGAUGAAAAUAGCUACUCGUCAAUAUGCUAGAAGACAAGUUCAUUGGGUAUCAUCAUCAUCAAUAUGUAGAUUAUAUUUACUAGAUGCAACUAAAAAUUGGAAUCAAAAUGUUCGUGAUAUAGCCAUUAAAACAACCAAGGAGUUUUUGGAGACGGGAAUAGGACCUGAUCCAACUACAAUAAACGAUUUUGCAAACAAAAUGCUAAGUUCAAAUUAUAAUCAAGAAGAUGGAUUUUCUAGAUUGAAUACAUGGAAAAAAUAUCAAUGUGAUAUUUGUAAACUAUUUAAUACUGAUGAAGAGGACGAAGAUAGAUCAUCAGUAGCAUUCAACGGGAAAAAUGAAUGGGAACAGCAUUUGAAUAGUAAAUGGCAUAAAUCUAGCAUUAGACUGAAAAAAGAAAUUGAUGAAAAAUGGAAUGAUAUUAGAAGAUAA